AUGGCCUUUUCGAUGUUCUUCCGUGCACCAGCCUGCACAAGUCGAGUGUUCUCCCAACAAAUAAUGAGGCUAGCAACUCAACAAGCAACUAAACCAGUAGAGACACAAAGGAUGCUUUCAAGUAUCAUGCCUUUGCAAACUUCUUUUCUCAAGUCUGAUACAACACCUAUUUUAAAUGCAGUAAGGUCAUUCCGAACAUCGCCAGCUUUACUACAUGAAGAAAAAGCUCAUGACCACUCCAAACUGUGGGUAAUUGAGAAGCUUACAUCAGCUGCACUAGUCCCGUUGAUCCCAAUAUGCCUCAUGAUUCCGAAUAGAAUAUUUGACUCUGUUUUGGCAAUUUUAAUAACAGCUCAUAGUUUUUGGGGCCUUGAAGCAAUAGUAGUGGAGUAUGUGAGAGUACUUCUUGUCGGGGUUACCAUACCAAAAAUUGCAAUGGGUGUUGUAUACUUUUUAACAGUAUUGAUGGGCUUAGAAGCAAUAGCAGUAGAUUAUGUCCGUGCGUCCAUCUUCGGCCCUAUUAUUCCCAAAAUUGCCAUCGCACUUGUCUACCUUAUUUCUAUAGCAACAUUGGGAGGUUUAUUUUACCUCAUAUCCAACGACGUGGGACUAUCCAACGCCAUUCGACAACUAUGGGGUGUGAAAUCUAAACAAAAUGCGUAA